GAUACCGAUUGGUUCACACACAUUGAUCUAUGAAUAUGUGAACAAAGCGAUGUUUUGUGUGAUUUUUGUAUACAUUUGUGUGUUCCUUAAUUCGAAAUCCUAGAUAAUUGGAAAUUCCGUAUAGAAUCAAGAGUUUUCCUGUAUUCAUAAUGGACUGGAAUGAUGUUCAAUCCUGGAGACAUUUCUUUUUUAAAGAUACCUUCAGUGUUGACCAAUGUCUAUCCCAGUAUAUUCAAAAAUCAGACCUAGAAAGUCUCAGAGCAGAUUUAAAAAAUUAUGGAAUUGAGCUGCAGCAUCACAUGGCUGAGAUUUUAAAAAAUGAGACUGAAAAUAUUGUUGUCUUAGCUGAAUACCUGACAAAUUUGAAUAAGAAAAUUGAAUAUUUGUUUGUUCCAAUAAGUCAGUUACAUGAAGAAGUGAGAACACUUCAUCAUGUUAUAGAUCAGGCUGCAAGAAGUUAUGAAUAUAUGCUCAAUGAUAUUAAAAAGAAUAACUCCAAAGAGAAUCAUGGUUACCUACAGUUAAAUAUAUUGAAUACAUCAGUGCACAUAAACACUGUAAUUCGCCAUCCUAUUAGGUGGGAUGAACACUUUCAAUUAUUCGCUAAACUUAGUGGAGACAAAUGGAAAAACUUUUUAACAUUUCCUGGAGGCAGGCCGAUGGAGAAUUUUUUAACUUUGGAUCGUAUCGUCAACCAGUAUUCUUUUCAAAAACUUUAUCUAGAUCAACUUGGUCUGAUGACCCCACAAAUUGAAAAAAUAGUCAGAAAUAUUGAAACUAUGCUUUUACAAAAUAUAAACUUUAGUUUUAUAACAUCUUUUAAUACUCAAUAUUCUGAUGGACUACUUAGAUGUUUAAGAAUGUAUUCUGACCUACAAAAACACGAUGUUGCGUAUGAAACUUUUCAAUGUAUAAUUUUACGACCAUCGCUUCGAAGCGUAUUUGUAAAGUACGGAGAAGAUGGCGUUAUUAAAGCAUAUGAAGAAAUAAAAAAAGAUAUUUUGGAUAAUAAAGUUGAAGAACUUACGAAAGUUAUAAAAAAUAAUCAGGACUUGUGUUGUUUCAAUUUUGUUCUUGAAUCAUUUUGGAAAGAAUUUGACAGUCAAUCAAGAGAAAUAUAUCCAAAUAUUACAGCCCCUGGUUAUCCUGAACUAUUUCAAAGGAACUUUACUGGUACUUACAAACUACUUGCAUACAUUUCUGAAAAGGCUGGCGACAAGGAUUUAAUCAAAGAAGAUAAAUCUUUUCAACAUCAUUUAAAGCGAUUUAACCUUCCAGUUUACUUUGAAAUUGUUUUUCAACAAAUUGCAGGAAAAUUUGAGAGUGAGACGCUUAAUUUAGGUAUAAAUAAUUAUGUUGCCGGCAAUAGUAAUCCUAGCUUUAGAGUGAGAGCUUCAGUAGCCCUAUGGCAUGCAUUUAAGUCCUGUUUUCAUGAAAGUAUUUAUAUCGAGCAACUUGCUGAUAGUUUCGUGAAAAUGUCUUUCAUGUUACUUUCCCGAUAUAUAAGGCUUUUAGAAAAUGUAUUAAAAGAAACAUCAUAUGUGGCAAAUAAUGAUAACAUUACUACCUUCAUCAUAGAUGUAUUAACAGAUUUGAAAACUCUUCACUCAUUGAUAAUGCCAAGAAGUGAAUUCCAAACUACCAUAUAUGCUGUAAUAAAUUUAAGUUUGCGGAACUUUAUGUUCAAAAUUUUUAAAGCCUAUGAGAACUCUAUUAUAAAAAUUCAGAAUUAUUUUAAAAUGUAUAUAAGUACGGCAAAACGAAAUGACUGUACAUCCGCCUUGCAAAAUAUAACUGCCAUUCCAAGAUUAUAUAGAAGAACAAACAGAACUUUUCCUAGAGAGGCUAGUGCCUACAUGAUUGAAGCUGUGAAGCCUAUUUUAAUUUUUGAGCAAAGAUAUAAAUCAACUGAAGAGUUGGGAGAUAUAGUGGAUGGUAUUAUUCUUGAAAUAACCAAUCAGUAUUUUUCUUUGGUUCAAGAAGUUCUUCGAUCGGUAUGCAAAACUGAAGAAUCGUUAAGAAGAUUAAAAAGCAGAACUUUAAAUACUAGUAGCGAUGAUUUGGUGAGUCCGACAGAAACUAUAACAGACGAAGCAAAAAUCAGAGAGCAAAUUAAAUAUGAUGUUGGUUAUUUUUGUGAUAAGUUACAUCCUUUGGCUACGGAUCAUACGAGGCAAGCAAUGCUUUUACUGAAAAAGGAAGUUGGAAUGUCUUAAUAUAAAUGAAGUUAUGAUGAAAAUGAAUAAGUUGUUAAAUUUAUUGUAAACAUUAAUAUUGGUAUUAAUAAAUAGCGGGAUUCUUUA